UCCACCCAGCAGAUAGAAUCGAAGGCAGGCGGAGCGGAGGUGCUGCUUGUGCCCAAAGGGCUCAGGCUGGUUGCUCGGGACGCGCCUGACAAGUCCCGGACCAAACUUGUGAGGGGGCAAAGUCCAGUGGAGAGGAGUGUGGAAGUUUAACGCGCGACAGGAAACUCGUUCACUUGCGCUUUUAAAGAGGACAUGCUCCAAAGAUGGCGAUGGUAAUAGCCACGGGUGUUUCGGGUUCUUCUGGGGUGCCCAAAAGUGGAUUUGUGGAGGUUUUGGUGCGGGGUCGCUGGCACAAAGUUUUGGUCAACUUGAACGAGGAAGCGCUGACGUUAAGCUGCGAGGAGAGCGGCGUCGGCGUGAACGUGAACAACAAUGUCAACUCCAACGGCGUCUCCAACGGGUCCUACUUGGACAACAGUAACGCCAACUCCAACAACGGACCCCCACACGUGCGCACCGCGCUCACGGACCUACCGGAGAGGGUUCCUGAGGCGAUCGCCAACAGAAAGCGGUGCGUCAAGGUGACCAAGCAGGAGGUCGGGGGUCUGGGUAUAAGCAUCAAAGGAGGGAAGGAGAAUAAAAUGCCCAUUCUCAUAAGUAAGAUAUUCAAAGGACUGGCGGCGGACCAGACCCAGGCGCUUUACGUAGGUGACGCCAUCCUGUCUGUGAAUGGCAUGAACCUGCGGGACGCGACCCACGAUGAGGCCGUGCAGGCGCUGAAACGGGCCGGAAAAGAGGUGACAUUGGAAGUCAAAUACAUGCGAGACGCCACGCCGUAUGUGAAAAAAGGCUCCCCCGUGUCAGAGAUCGGCUGGGAAACUCCUCCACCCGACUCCCCCCGCAUCAGCAGCCCCUCCAUCACCACCUCCUCGUCCUCCUCCGACCCUCCCAGCCCGUCUGCUAUUCCCUCCCUCUCAGUCCAGGGUGACCGCAGGUGCAUACCGCUGAAAAUGUGCUGUGUCACACGAGCAAUGACCACACCUGACCCCGAGAACAGACAACUGGAGCUCCACUCCCCUGACACGAGACACACGGUGGUGCUGCGAUGCCCAGACCAGUCGUCUGCCCUGUCCUGGUUCUCAGCCAUUCACUCUGUCACAUCCACACUGGCACAGCGGGCGCUGGCAGAGGUCAUUCAGAACACAGCAGGAACUGGGGUCAGCGGCAAAGAGAUACGUCACCUGGGCUGGCUGGCAGCAAAGACAGAGAGUGAGAAACAGAGCUGGAGACCAGUGCUGGUGGUACUGACAGAGAAAGACCUGCUGCUGUAUGACAGGCUACCACGGAGCAAAGAGGACUGGCAGAAUCCAGCACACAAUUAUCCACUUUUAGCAACACGCCUAAUCCACUCCAGUCCAGACCGUGGUUCUCCUCACUCUGGGACUGAACUGUUCUUUGCCACCCGCACCGGUACAAGACUAGGCAUCGAAACUCACCUGUUUCGUGCCGAGACGACCAAAGACUUGUCAGUGUGGACCAGACACAUAGUCAAUGGAUGUCAUGCCUCAGCCGAGAUGAUCAAAGAAGUCAGUACAACUUGUCGGUACCAGGGCCAGGAGUGUCGGCUGGUGAUUCACUAUGAGCAGGGAUUUUCUGUGUUGACCGACCCCAGUCUGGCCGACAGAGAAAAUGAAGAGGAGAGAAUAACUCACAUUCCUGUGAGGCAGAAGAUUCUGCUCUGUUACCCCUAUGAAAAACUAAAGAUGUCGUCAGACGACGGAGUUCGUAUGCUGCACCUGGACUUCGGAGGAAGGGAGGGAGAGAUUCAACUAGACCUCCACUCAUGUCCAAAGCCCAUCGUCUUUAUCCUCCCCUCUUUCCUGUCAGCCAAGAUCGCCCGCCUGGGUCUGGUGGCCUGAAAGCCUCUCUAAAGGGAAAUUUCAACACCUUUCAAAACCGAAAUCUACCUUGUUGCUCCACAUGUUUGCACCCCACGUGCACCACAACAACUCCAUCAGCAGUUGAGCCGAGCCGAGUGAAUGUAACUUCAGUCUGAAGAUCAUCUUGGGACUUGGACUUUAGAUUAAAGACUGGCAAUCGCUGAUCGAUUUAAUUUGGAGUGAGAUGGACAGUUUCUUUCUUUCUUUCUUGGGAAUUUCUCAUUUCAGGUCCUGCCAAGACUUAAGUGUUGACUGAAGGGGCAGAUUAGAAAGUAAGUGAUGCAGAGGGAUACACAAAUACAGCAAACCGGGCUCUGGUGUCACACACAGGCUGUAGAGGAAGGUUUAAACAUGCGCAGCAGGGUCUGAGGUGGGUUUGAUGAAAUGACAAACACACUCAAGACAACGGUCAAAUAAUUCAUACAUCUUUAGCUUUGGGAAUUUCAUCAAUCAGAAUUUUUCUUUUACAAAAAAUUGGCCACACAAAUGAGAAAAAACAUCCUAAAUCCUAACACCCCCCCCCCCCCCCCCCCCCCCCCCCCAACAAUGCCGUGCCUGUUUCCAUCACUGACUUGUGAGUAGGGUCGAUCACAACAUGACGGUUCAUUAAGAUUAAUGUUAUUUCUUUGAAUAGAUUAGAUUCAGGAACAAUCAGUGACACAGCAGUGUUUGUCUGAUUCCACAGUAAUGGAAACUCUAAUGACUCAAACACUGAUGCUGAUCUCAGAUCAGUGAUUAGGUUUGAUCUUUGCUCCAAAAUGAAUUCUUCUUCUUCACACAUUUUUUUUACACUAGCUGCAGCAAAUGGAGUGUAAUUUUCAACAUAAACCAAGGAUUAGAAACCACCCUGGUCUAUGGUGGUCUCAUUGUCAAACAAACAACAACAACAGCUUAGCAUCAUGCCAUAGAGUAGCUGCAGCACAGCUGUGUUCUAAAGCAGAAACAAUACUACACUUAUGUAGUUCUGCAAAUGUAAUACUACUCUGAAACAAAAACGCGGCGAGUUCACCAAAGAAAUACAGACGAGUACAUUGUCACAAUGACCUCUUGUGUUGACACUUAAACAUAUCACUGUUCGUCAGUUACUGCAGAGGAACAAACAGCUGAGAAUUCACAUUUGUGGCUCUGAUGUCUCUGCUGAACACACAGGACUGACUCAGCCACUCUGGAAUGUGUGUUGUGUACUUUGAUAUUCAAGGUAGUUGCAGUAUAAAUAUUGGAUUAGGGAUUAGGGAUUAGCCAAACCUGUGACUGUCACUUAAAAUCCAAAGAGGAAAAAAAAAUGUUUAGGAGUUUAAAUUCCAGCAGAGUUCGCUCCAAGUGAAGCUUAAUUUUCAGUCCAAUUAGGUGAGAAGUCAAACGAGCUGAACACCACUCUGAGGCAAACAAUUGCGAGGUAUUUCUCCUUUGUUUGGAAUAAUGAAGUAGCUCAGCAAGAAUCAAAUGGGCACGAAGUUUCUGUAAACAGUUUUAUAUAAGUUGUUUAAACCGGUUUUAAUAUAAACAGAACUGACUUCUGGUUCACAUCUGAAUUUGGAGGAGAGGUGUUUUGUGCGUCUAUCAAGAAUCACAAGACUGACAGACUGACCGCAGGCGUCACUGAGGCGUCGAGUGUCCAAUCAAACUGAACAAGAAAACUAUAACGUCACAAACUUAAUAUAAUAAAUAUGAUUAGUAUUUUCAAAAAAAUCCAGCUCUUCUUUUCUUUCUAAUUUUUGUGUACCAUUAUCACCAAAGAAAAAGAUGGCUAUCAUGAAUAAAGACUGAGGAUAGUGGGUUUUACUCUCACUUUCACUUUCAACAAUGUGGACAGUUUUACAGAUGCUGGUUUAGGGUAUACUAUAUAAAAAUGUAUUCAUAUUGAAAUAUAAAUAUAUUAUUACAUAUUUUAGCUGUACAUUUUACAACAAGGAUCACUGUUUGAUGCCAAAUCCAUUCGCUGCUAAUUAGCAUUAAGACCCUGCUAUUGAUUUGUUUUCCUUCCUAAUCUCAGCAAGAGAGUGAAUCUAAUAAAUCUUUAUUUUAUUUUGACAAUUGAUCUUGAAGACUGAAACUUAAUCAAACGUUGUCACAUUAGCUUUUAUGAUAAUGGCCGUGUAGCCAUUAAAGCAGUCUGGCAGCAGUCAUUAUUGUUUUGAAUGUGACGCAGCAGAGCAGACCGUUACUGCUCUGUGUCUGUCUUUACUUGUGCCUUCAGAUGACUGAGAAGAAAAUUAACAUUUUAUUUUUAAAUAAAAUAAUAAUUAUAUCGAAAGUGUGCAGCAACGGUGUGACGUCUAUGUCAGUUGUUUUGAUUUGAACUACCUUGUUUUAGCCUGUCUUUAUUUCAUACAUUGUAAAUUUAACACACUGUAGAAGAAAACAUCUAUUUUGUUGAUUCUCACUGAACUUACAGCAGGCAUGGGCAAACUACGACCCGGGGGCCAGAUGUGGCCUAUUUGGCUUUUUAAUCCGGCCCACCAAACUUGUCCAUAUUAAGUUAUUAAUUUCUAUUUUUUAUUUAUAUUUCUGCCUUUCCCCUGCAUUGCCCGUAUUUCCCCAAUAGAUGGCAUAGAAAUGGCUAAAAGCAUUUUAGCAUUUACUGACUGACUUUUUCAUGUCAUUUGUUCUAGUUCAUACGAAUUUUUCAUCUAUCUGCUCCUGACCCGGUCCCCCAUCAAAUUUUAGGACCCGUGGUGGUCCGCGAGUCAAUAUGUUUCCCCACGUCUGACUUACAGUAAAGGCAUUGGAACACACUGAGAACUGAGCACUUAUCUAUGACCUCGAGUGGAGAGAAGCACUUUGAUGUGAACUCUGAUGCCCCGCGCGGUUACUGUUCUGUCAUUCGGAAUGAUACAAUGUAGUUUUAACUCAGAUUGUGCACAUAAAUCCUGUAUUUAUCAGUGA